UGCCGGCUAUACCUAUGACUCUGCUCGCGCUGUAGGCGGGCCUGAGGCCUGUCCUCCGCUCAGAUGUAUGACGCCACCACACAAUACUCUCACCGAUCCCCGCAUCGACGCGGACAUACAAUUUACAAAGCUCUCGUCCGGCCCGCGAUACUAUCUAGCAAUCACGGUGUGCAUUGAGCACUCUUCCUACCUGGUCAUGGGACUGGCGCGACCCGGUCGAACAUAUGCUGCACGGUCACCAGAUGAGUGAGGGCUGCUCUUAUAAACGCAAGCAAUCUACAGUGCGGCCUCCGGCUUUCACUACGAGGGUACUUCGCGAGGAUGCGGGCCUUGCCGUCAUACGUCCAAGCCGGUCUUAUCUACGCGUUGUACACGCGAGCUGAGAGGACCAUAGCUCGCAAUGCCUCUUCAUCAGCGACCUUUGCCCCGCCCCCAACCGCGGUGACGGUCACCGUAAUCGACUCCAUACCAUCAGCGACAGUCACCUCGGGCGCUUCUUUCCCCCCAGUCGGCUCCAUCACUCCCCAGUACUCCGCCGAAGGGCUUGAGCAGCUGUGGGAUGUGGUGGGUCCGGUGGAAGAGCCACCCUUCACGACGACCGCUACACCGCAGCCGUCGAUUGCGCUUCCUCCGCCUCCUCCGUCCCUUUACCCGGCAUUCUAUGCACCAGAGCCUAAGGAUGUCCUUCCUGAUUUGAAGUUUCCCGAGGGCUUCAAAUACGGCGUCGCUACGGCGGCGUAUCAGGUCGAGGGUGCAACCAAGAACGAAGGCAAGGGGCCGACUAUGUGGGACUGGGCCUCGCGUCAGCCAGGAGGUGUUCUCGACAAUACGACCGGCGACGUCGUCGACCUUUACUACUAUCUCUACAAGGAAGACGUCGCGAGGAUCGCUGCGUUGGGACUGAAUACGCAUUCCUUCUCUAUAUCCUGGGCGAGGAUCUUUCCGUUCGGUACUGCGGACUCGCCUGUGAACCAAGAGGGUAUCGACCACUACUCAGAUGUCAUCGAUACUCACUUGGCAUACGGCGUCGAGCCCGUCGUCACGCUAUUCCACUGGGACACACCGCUCGCACUUCAGGCUUACUACGGCGGGUUCACUUCCCCGAAGAUCGUCGAUGACUUCGUGAACUAUGCCAAGACUCUGUUUCAAGCAUACAAUGGUCGAGUGAAAACCUGGUACACAUUCAACGAACCUCAUGUGUACUGUGACCAAAUUGCCUCGUACCCGUUCAACGCAACGCUUGGACCCGGCGUCAACUCCUCGACGGCGCUGUAUCAUUGCGCGUACAACUUGCUCAAAGCGCAUGCUGGGGCCGUUAGAGCCUUCCGUGCCAUGAACAUCUCGGGCGAGAUCGCGCUGAAGAACGAUGAUUUUGUCGGCACCCCAUGGCGCGCGAACAACACCGAGGAUGCAGAUGCUGUCGAACGGCAUGCGGCGUUCCAGAUCGGCAUGUUCUCCGACCCGUUGUAUACUACGGGCGAUUGGCCGCAGAUCUUGAAGGAUACUCUGCCUGAAGAGUACCUACCCCGCUUUACGGAGGAGGAGAAGGCGGACUUGCUCGGCUCCGCCGACUUCUUCGCCAUCGACUCCUACCGCUCCUUCUUCAUCCGCGCGCCCGAGAACGGGAUCGCCGCCUGUGUCAACGACUCCUCCGACCCCAAUUGGCCGCAGUGCAACGAGCAAGUCACGUACGACGCCGACUACGGCUGGUCUGUCGGCAUCCAGGCGGAUCUGCGCACCGAUUGGUUGAUCGCGACGCCGCAGAGCCUGCGAGGGCUACUGAACGAGCUGCAUAGGCGGUGGCCGAGUCCGAAGAUUUAUAUCUCCGAGUUCGGGUUCACUGAGCCCUUCGAGAACGAACGGAAAACCUUGUCUCAGAUCAAGGAGGAUGUCGGGCGGACGAACUACUACAUGACCUACCUCGGCGAGAUUCUGCAGGCGAUCCACGAGGAUGGGCUGCCAAUCGAGGGCGUCUUUGCCUGGGCGAUGGUCGACAACACUGAAUGGCAGAGCGGCAUUAGCGCGAAGUUCGGCAUUCAGUACGUCAACUACACAACGCUGGAGAGGGUUUACAAGCGCUCGGCGAUUGCGCUUUCCGAGUUUUGGGACGCGCACAAGACUUGAGGCAAUGUCCCGCAGAUGAUGGACCAGCGCGCAGACAAUUCUCAGUCAUCUCACCUGUAACGCCUCGUUAUGUCCCAACGUUGAAAUGUACUAUAGCUGCAUACGAUUUGCUCCAUGAUCAUCUUUGCUGCAAUACC